GCUGUGUGUAUAUUUGCAGGCCUGCGCAUGCGCGGUUCGCUUUGUGUACUUUCAUAUUGAUUCGCUUCAUCUCGGCUCAGUUCAUUCCGCGUUUAAAACGGCAGAGAUGAGCUCUUGUUUACUGUAUAUUUAACAAACGUUGAGCGUGUUUUACAUGCGGACAGCAUGACCAUCUUUAUUCUGCUCCAGGAUGACACGAGCAGAUUAUCGACGCUUUGUUGUUUGUUGUGUGUCAAAUAACAUCGCUUAUAAAAUGCGGAUGAUCCUCCGACUGUAACUGAACAGAAUUACUGCGUUUAUGAGGAACCAUAAAAGCUGAAAGUGUGCAGAAGCAUUUAGUGUAUAAGCAUGACCCUGGCGAUGACCCCAGCCGCCGUGUGCCAGUGCUUCACUCUAGUGUCUCUCUGCACCUCCAUCGCAGACCCGAACUGGAUCCAGAUCGUGAACCGCACUGAUGCAAACAACAAACUGAUGUACGGCGUGGCCUUCACACUGCACGCCUACCAGAACCGCACAGACACAGGUCCUCUGGGAGGGCUGAACGGAUGGGGAAUGUGGCUGCUGUAUUUGCUGACCGCUCUCUGCUACAGCGCCGUCCUGUUGUCCAGCUCUUCAUUUCUGCUGGAUUUCCUCAAAGCUGCAGUCAGUCAAUCCAGGCUGAUUACAGCACUGCACGUCUCUACAGCACUGAACUGUGUUGCGGUCCUAGGUGUGUGUGUGGCCUGUGUGUGUGUUAUCAAACACAAUCUGCAGCGAGGGAAACACGUCUCUCUGUUAAACCUCACUGAAGGCAGUCCAGAACUCUCCGUGUCUCCUGGAGAAAGUCUUUAUAUCCAGAUCCUGGGGCUGAUUUUCUCUUUACUGGCGUGUGUUUGUGCACUGCGGCCCCGAGCUCAACCCAUCAGACUGCAUGCAGAGGGAGCAGACAGCGAUACGGAGCCUCUGAUUGGUGGAGCCGAGGAGUAAUCAAACAGGUUUAUGUAUGUUCAAAAGGUGUUUUCCAUCCUUUAUUUUUAUGCACAUAUUGGAUUAUUGCAGUAAGGGUUAGGGCUCAGUGGUUAGCACUGUGGCCUCACAGCAAGAAGGUUGCUGGUUCGAGUCCCAGCUGUAUCAGUGUGCAUUUCCCUGUGGACUUUGCAUGUUCUCCCCAUGUUGGUGUGGGUUUCCUCCGGGUGCUCCGGUUUCCCCCACAGUCCAAACACAUGCGCUAUAGGGGAACUGAUCAACUAAAUUGGCUGUAGUGUGUGUGUGAGUGUGUAUGGGUGUUUUCCAGUACUCUGUUGCGGCUGGAAGGGCAUCCGCUGCGUAAAACAUAAGCUGGAAUAGUUGGCGGUUCAUUCCGCUGUGGUGACCCCUGAUGAAUAAAGGGACUAAGCUGAAGGAAAAUGAAUGAAUGAAUGAAUGUUGGGAUUGUCAAUAUUUGACCCAAUGUUUCAUUAGGACAACCCUGCAGAUUUUAGAAACGUCAUUAACAAGAUCAGUCAAGGUCAAUACCAGAGUAAAAAAUACAUCAAUUAUUAAACUAAAAACUAUAUUAUAAAUUAAAUUAUAAAAUUAAACUACUAGGGUCAUCUAAGGGCCCUAUCAUACACCCGGCGCAAGGCGCGACGCAAUAGUUGUUUGCUAGUUUCAGCUUGGUGCAAGAGUGGUUUUGACGUGUUGCGCCACGCUGUUUAAAUAGGCAAUGCAUUUGCGCUCAUAUGUGCGCCCAUAGGCGUUCUGGUCUAAAAAAGGAGGCGUGUUGAGGCGCAUUACUGGCGCGUUGCUAUUUUGAGGAACUUGAAUAGAUGGUUCAAUAGAUCAGAUCAAAGCCGGUCUAUAGUCCAGCACAGAGCGCGUUAGUUAUGCGCCUCUCUUACACAUUGCUUAAUACACACAGGGUGUACAGCAAUAUACAAAUAUCUUUACAAAUGAAAAAGAAUUAAAGGAAUAAAAUAUUACAAACAUUAUGAUAAAUAUAAAAACCACACUUUCAUGCCUUCAUCAUCUCGGGGGGCUUUUCCAGUUUAUUCAUAACAAUUUGCUUUUGUAUAAUGUUAUCAUUAUUAGCAGUAUUAUUUAUUAUCUGCAGAUUUAUAUUUGUUUUAUUAAAAACAAGCUUAGAUUUGUCCACCUGUCAGGUUUUAGACCAUAUGGGUCACAGCAUGUGUAUUAGGAUAUAACUCAGUGUUUUGAACACACUUCAUUAUUAUUGUUCAUUUAUUCCUUUGCUGGAGAUUAGAACUGAAUUUAGAAA